AGAUGGCAGUGCCAAGUGAGUUAACACUUGAUGCAAUUCGGGAUUUUAUGUUGGAAAACGGUGGGAAAGUGACAAACCAUGAUUUAGUGAAACAUUUCAAGGGAUUCCUUACUAAUCCUGAAACAAGAGUCGAGGCUCGAAACCAGUUCAAAGAAUUUGUAAAUACACUGGCCGUAAUUCGUAAUGAGGAGGGUGAGAAAUAUUUGAUGCUAAAGAAAAAGUACCGUAAUCCAAUGGGAGAACAGAGUCCAGCAAUGCAUCUUGCGUCACCAGUGUUACCCAGUUCAUCAUUUGAUUCACUAUCCUCUGUGACAUCUACAGCCAUGAUCCCUUCAGAAAGCUUUUCUGCAUCAGAAGAAUCCUUGGAUAUGAUGUCUCCUUCUCGCCAGCCACCCCCUUAUCGAUCUCCUCCUCCACCUUCUGUUUCACCUGUACGUCCAAGUGCCCCCUGCACAUUGUUGGACUCUUCAGAAUCUGGAAUACCAUCACCAAGUGUGAGACAAGAAAAUGAAAUGGGAAGAGAAAAGGAGUCUCUUGUCAUGGUGAGGUCUGUAAGCAGAGAUGAUUCACUCAAUAGCAGUACAGAAAUCACAGAGGAAACUGUGAUCCACGCUCCCCCACCCGUACCACCUCGCCGUAAAAGUAGUGACAAACUGAAGCUGGAAAAUAAGGAAAAUGUUCAUGAUACUACAAUAAAGAGACUCAAAAUGGUAGCAGCUGAGGCAGGUAACAAAAUGGAUGCACCUGAUGCGGACUCCGAGCAGAAGAUAAGUGUAAAGGAACGCAUGCAGAAAUUCAAUCGCCUUGCAGAAUCCGACAUGAAGACACACCCGAUAGCUAACAAGAAGAAAAUUGACCGGGGUGUGGAUGACUAUGACUCGGCUUCCGUCACAACGCUGGACGCCAAGUCUCGGGAGUGGCUGGUCUUCUCCUCGCAGGCGAACUACCAGGCCCUAGCCAAGCUUGCUGCCGGUAACCCUCGCCUUGCCAGAUUCAAGGACCCUACUUCGUAUACGGCACUGCACUGGGCUGCCAAGCACGGGAAUGACGACGUUGUGAAGCUGAUCGCCGGGACGUACCAGGCCGACGUCAACGCCAGAUCGAAUGGGGGUUACACUCCUCUACACAUGGCCAUGCAGUUUGGUCAUGAGGAAAUUUACAACCUUCUCGUCAAAGUUUAUGGAGCAGACCCAAAUUUGAGGGACUGGAGUGGGCGGAAACCACGGCAGUAUCAAGCUAGCCAGGACACUUCAGUUUCUGCAGAUACAUUCAGGAAAAUCAAAGCAAGGAAAAAACAUGCAGAAAAAGACUUAGGCUUCUUGAGAAUUGGCUCCUUGAAUGUGAGAGUCAAGAGGACAACUGAGGCAUUCAGCAACUUUCUGGGUGUUGGACAGAGCAGUGACAAACUACACAAAACUUGGGGAUCAGCUGACAACAUUCAGCAGGUUGACAGGCACAUGAUGCCCCCUCCAAAAUUUGCUCCUAUUAAGAAGAGAAGAUCAAAACGAGCACAAGACUUUGCCAUGAGUCACAGCACACCCAGCACACCACCUAGUGAGCCUAGAACCAGUUCUACAGAGGCAGUGGUGGACUCUGACUCUGACACCGCCUGUGGGUUUGGUUCCAAUUGGCAGAGCACAGUAUGAGUCAGCGGCACAGUCUCUUGCUGAAGUGCAAUUUUUUGGUUUCCAACAUGAAUUAAUGCUUCAUUUUCAAUUGCAAAAACACUCUGUGUUGAGUUUAUAAGUGUGCUGGCAGACACCAUGAAAUAUAUGAGAUGUUCAUGGUGGUAUCUGUGUCUUCUGGAAUAUGACACCCUGUAGUCUGGCAGAAGUUUACCAGCAUAUCAGAGGAACAUGUUGCCUUCUUCUUCAGGAUCAAAGAGUAACUGGGCAAGUAAGCAAAAAGGGGAGGUUUGCUUCUUGCUUGCUUCCUUUCCUACUUGUCUGCUCAGCUUACCUUCAACAAGUAAAAUAGAGGCAGAACAUUCAUCUGAAAUGCUAAAAAUCUUCUAAUAGGCUUCACAUUGUCACAUUCCAAAAUAUAUUUGCUAUUCACAAUGAAAUUUCAGUUUAGCUAUUAGAAUAUACUUCUAUCCUUCAUGAAAGAUUGAAAAUAGUUUUAAUAAAUAGGGAUAUUUUGAGUGGGAAAUUUGAAUAAAAUAUCUACCAGACUUCAGUAUGCACAAAUAUAGUGUGCAGUCAAUUUCCUUGCCCUAAAACUGUUUUUUUUUUCUUUGUAAAUCUAUAUUGAUCUUUCAUUUUUGUCACCAUAACAUGACCAGUGCUGGAUUUAAGUAAUCUAAGCCUCUGGAACAUAUAUUUUUAGAGACUGUCUCCUAAUUAUUGUUAUACAUACAAGCUUUCAGGAUAUUUUAAUAUGAAUGGGUUAUGAAAGAACUUGGGAUUGAAAUAAAAGGUGAACUUUA